UUAAAAUGAGCUGAGAGGCUGUUACCUGCCUGUUUCUGCAUGGCUGAGCAAAUUCACCCGUAAAUCCAAGUUUCUCUUCAUUUCCAUCACUAUACAUCUCCAAAUUACAGAGAAUUCAUUCCUGAGCUGGAGAGGUGCCAGAAGUUUCUCAUCUAGCUGUCUGUGGGCUGCCUUUUUCUUUCCCCUCUUUGAGGCUUUCUGAUGCCUAGAGUGAGCUCAACUCAAAGGUUUCCAGCCUCACACUCGCCUCACAUUCCCCCACAGUCACAUUGAGCUCUGUGAUUCUGAGGAAUACAGUGUGCCAGCAUCCGAUCCAGUCUCCUUUCACCUGCAGGUGUUCCAGAAACUUCAAAAUGCGUCUGGAAGAACUGAAAAGAUUGCAGAAUCCUCUAGAACAAGUUAAUGAUGGAAAAUAUUCAUUUGAAAAUCACCAGCUGGCCAUGGAUGCAGAGAAUAAUAUUGAAAAGUAUCCCCUCAAUCUACAGCCCUUGGAAUCAAAGGUGAAAAUCAUUCAGCGAGCAUGGCGAGAGUACCUGCAGCGGCAGGAGCCCCUGGGGAAGAGGAGCCCGUCCCCACCCUCCGUCUCCUCAGAGAAGCUGAGCAGCUCUGUCAGCAUGAACACCUUCUCCGACAGCAGCACACCCUUUGCCAGGGCCCCUUUUGGGAAGAUUCAUCCUUACAUCUCUUGGAGGUUGCAGUCACCUGGGGACAAGUUGCCUGGUGGAAGGAAGGUGAUUCUUCUCUACCUUGACCAGCUUGCCAGACCCACUGGGUUCAUACAUACUCUCAAGGAGCCCCAGAUAGAAAGACUUGGUUUUCUCACCCUCCAGUGAAUGGACCUCAAGUUUAUGGAGGGAAUAGGAUGACCCCUGGCCUACACUGACUAAGCCUGUCAUCAAGAAAUGAUCUUCCUCUAACAACCAUGAGUCCAUUUGGAACUUCUGUGUUAAAAGCCUUCAGUCCAAGUCAAAUGUUGUCAGUGAGCUGUGUCCCUGGGGAGUUCUUUAUGCCCUGCCUCUUGCUUGAUCUUUUCCAGGUUGUUGAACCUCAGCCCUCUUUCUCUGGGUUUAAUCUAUUGCUGUUACUGCCUAGACAAUUUUCUAUCUUCUCAUAUCUGAUCAACUGCCUGUCUUGUCCCAAGUCCCUGCCUUCUUUCUACUAACCUCUAGCACAACCUUAAUGGAGGCCAACAAGCCCUUACCUAACUUCUGGACAUUGCCAGCUGCUCUCCAGCCCCAUGCCCAUAACUGCAAUUAUUGCCUAUCUCAACUAUCUACCCCAGGCAUGCACUACACAGGAAAUCAGCUCACUAAUCUGGUUGAGUUCCUGUGUGGAGCUGAUAAUGAUGCUUUUCAAUGCUUCUGCUCUGAUUGUUUUGGCUAGGCCUAGUGGUUAAUGUAGUUCUUAGAACAUUUCUGCCUUAAAAUAUAUAACAAAAGUAACGUUUAAGUAUGAGUGCUCAAAUUCAUUAUCUUAAUAAAAGCUGAGCACUUGUUAUGUGCCAGGCACUCUGCUAUUAUCUUGUUUAAUCCUAUCAAUAAUCAUACAAAGAAAGGCACUAUUAUUAUCUCCAUUUUACAGGUGAUGAAAAAGAGACUUAAAGAGAUAACUACCUUUUCUUGGGCCACCCAUUGGGUUGGAGCUCCAUAUUUUAUUCUUCCACUAUAUUACUUGAAAAGAAGGCUGCAUUUAGACACGGUCAAGCAAUCAGUUCAUGCAUUUCUAAGACUGCUUUACAAUUUGGUAGUUACAAACAGUGAAUGAAACAAUAUUUUUAAAACCCUCAUUUGAUUUUAUAAAUUGCUUCAUUCAAUGCUCCUUGAUUAAAACCUCAAACCUCAGCUGUUCAAUGCCAAAUUAAAGAGCAACAGAAGGGAAGAUAAUAUUAAGUUAUGUUAGCAAUUUGCAUAUUAAGUGCCCUUAUACCGCAAUGUAUCAUGUGGUAACAGAAAAAUUUGUUUUAGAAAUAGGAAUUUUGAAUAGCAACUGUUAGGGAAUGGAGCUUGUGGAUAUCAAAAUGAUUUUUAAAAAGAGUAACCUUCUCUCCUUAAAAAAUAUUAGUUAUUGCACAAAGGACAACAGUAGGAAAUGCCCUGUGUAUUUUUUAUUAAUCAAUUUCAUAUCAUAAAAUAUUUAACUCUUUUCGUUUCCAGCUCCCAGAGAUCUGUAGCUUGUCUAAUAGGAUUAUCAUGGAAAGAAACUAUAGCAUGGUAUUUUCUAAACUCCAAGAUUGAUGACCUUUUCAGAAAUUGUUAGCAUGACCUUACAAAUAAGUCCGGAAAAACCUUUGGGAUUAUUUAGAGACAUUCUCAAUCUCUUUUGGCUUAGAAUUGUUUCCUCCUGCUUGGGCCUUGCUUUGCGGUCACGCCUCUCUCUCCCAUUGGUUCCCAUAUUAUUAUGAUCUGGCCUAUAGGGGGCACUGUGGCUCAUGGAAUGAGGCGCUGCCUGGGUCUAAGAGGAUGUGACUUAAAAUAGCAGCUCUGCCACUAUUUCUAUGUGUCCAAGAUAUAUCAUUUGAGAGGACAUUCUUCAUCUGCAACUGGAAAUAAUACCCACCUCAGAAAUGGAUUGGGAUUGCUGUGAAGGUUAAACGGCACUACACAUGUAAACUACAGCACAGAACCUGGGACAGUGAAGGCUCUCACUAAAUAUUAGUUGAUUUUGAAUCUGCUCUUGAAAACGUUCAGUGAGUUUAUUCAAAAUGCUGUGGAAAAAUUGUGGAGAGCAGAGAUGGAAUUUUUAACUUGACACUGAUUGAGGGGCACAGUACUUGUUUGUGAUUCCCCAAGUGAAUCCAUGAGAAUCAACUCAUGCUCCAGAAUGAAUAUGAAUAUAUAUAUUGGAACUGUACAUUACAAAGGUAAUAAAUUAAGCAUUUAUUUUAGUGUUGCUCUUACUAAAGAUUGAUUUUCCAGUUCUGAAGAUGAACUGAGUCCUUUUGCAUCUAAAUGAGUAGACCUUCUCUGAGAGACCACCCCCACACUCAGAGUAAAAGCAAGCAUAGAUCGCUCUCCUUCCUUCCAAGACCUGAUGAAUAAGGAACAGGCAGAUUCUUAGGACACUGGGGAAAGCAGAAUUAAGUGCCACUCCUGCAGCUGCCCAACUUCUACCAGCAGACCUUACUUCAUUCCUAGUCAAGAGGAAUUAUAGUCCUGAGCAGGGUCAAAAACCACCGAUUUGGACCAGCUGAAGACUGUUACCUCAGGUGUGAAGUAACACCUGAGUGUUACUUCUGGAGUGAAGGCUGUGGGAUGCUUAGGUUGACAGCACUGCCUAAGUGUCCCGGCAUUUAGCAAGAGUGUCUGGAUAUUCAACAGCCAGCCAGAUGACCCACCAAACCUUUCCAAAUAUACUUCUAAAAGUCAGUCUUACCCUUGCUGUUGAACGCGGCAUAUUCACCAACAUUCAAACUGCUUCAUUACCCUCAAGCUUUAUUGCCCUUUUCAGAUUUACAACCUCCAGGCUUUAAAUACAUCAAGAAAACUCUGGUGACUAAUUAGGUAGAAAGUCUUGUUACAAAGUCACACUUGGUUGGGGGAAAACUCAGCCCUGAAAGAGGAUUUCUGGGACCCCUUCUAAUACAAUUCUGAGAUAUUUAAAACUAUAGAGAAUAUGGGCCGGGUGUGGUGGCUCAUGCCUGUAAUCCCAGCACUUUGGGAGGCUGAAGUGGGCAGAACACCUGAGAUCAGGAGGUCGAGACCAUCCUGACCAACAUGGUGAAACCCUGUCUCUACUAAAAAUACAAAAAUUAGCUGAGCAUGAUGGUGUGCGCCUGUAAUCCCAGCUACCUGGGAGGCUGAGGCAGGAGAAUUGCUGGAACCUGGGAGGCAGAGCCUGCAAGUGAGCCGAGAUCGUGCCACUGCACUCCAGCCUGGGUGACAGAGCAAGACUCCGUCUCAAAAACAACAACAACAACAACAACAAAAGCAAAAAACAAACUAUAGCGAAUGUAAGCUUUGUGCUACUUAAUAAUUUAAUAACCUAGAUUUUCCAGGUCAGGGACAGGUUACAGUAUUAAGCUCAGCUGUUAUAAAUUUAGGUCUCAUGAAUUCUAAUGUUUUAGUACCCAAACAUUAUCUUUCAUCCUUCCUUUCAGACCCCCAAAUAGCACAAAUUCUUUGUCUAUUUGUUCCAAAUUUUGGUUCUGAGAAUAUAUUAACCAUAUAUACAAAGAGAAGACUUCUUAGUAUUUACUUAGAAGUAGAUACAUUUCUUUCAAACCAGAGCCUGAGAGAGUAUUUCAUUUUCCAAAGUUUUACAAAUUAUAUAAUAUAUAAACAUAUAUGACAGUAUGCAUAAAUCUAUUUUUAUAUAAAAUAGUCUCUUUAUACCACAAACAUCCUCUCCCUUUUAUGUCUCUAAAUAUUGGCUGAUAAUAUAGAUUCCUUUUCCCAAAUUAUCCUUUUAACAUCUUGGUUUGAGGGUAAUUUUUCUUGAUAGGCUUAAAAAUAAACAUGUUGUUCUGGUUUGGGGAUUUAAAAUUUUUUCAAAAGGACUGCUAAUUAAUAUUAGCACAUUGCGUGAGUUCAAAACGAUAUGCAAAAUUGACAGUUAAUUGAUCACUGAUUCAUUCAUCCAUAGUAACAUAAUAAAUCUUCCUUAGCAGUCUCUACACUUAAUGACCUAUGAGUAUAGAUGUAAAAAUCUAGACAUCAAGUAUGUCACCUUUGAUAAAGAUAGUUGAGAAAUAACUUGUUUUCUGUGUAGUUUACCUUAAGUCCACUCUUGGCAUUUGUCCUCAUAUAAAUUCUGUCUUUAUUCUACGGCUUAGUGAGAUAAAUUGUUAGAUCUCUAAUUUAGACACAGAGUGCACCCUACAUAAUAAAUCCAGUUUUAUUAUUACAAAUAAACAUUCCAAAGCACAGAAAGACAAACAUUGCAUGUUCUCACCUAUUUAUGGAAUCUAAAAAUUCAAAACAAUUGAACUAAUGGGCAGAGAGAAUAGAAGGAUGGUUCCUAGAGCCUUGGAAAGGGAGUGGGAGCCCGGAGGGGGGCAACUGGGAAUAGUUAACGUAAUGGGUACACAAAAAAAAAGAAUGAAUGAAUAAGGCAUACUAUUUGAUAGCAGAACAGGGUGACUAUAGUCAGUAAUAACUUAAUUGUACAUUUUAAAAUAACUAUAAGAGUAUAAUUGAAUUGUUUGUAACACAAAGAUAAAUGCUUGGAUGGAUACCCCAUUCUCCAUGAUUACUUAAUGGAUAAUAAUAUGAUUAUUUUACAUUGCAUACCUGUAUCAAAACAUCUCAUGUACCCCAUAAAUACAUGCAUCUACUAUAUCUGCAAAAAAAAAAAAAAAAAAAAACCAACAUAACCAACAUUCCACUCAUUGAAUGGGUAUAAAAGACGCUUUAGGGUCGGAGGAGAAAUUAGAUGUGGUGAAACUGGAGUGUGAUGUAUCAUUGUAUUCCAUUUCUUCUGGAAAGCUCAUUAGCCUAAGGGUCUUUUGUAAAUGAGACAUCUUUCGGGGUGGGGGAUAAUUAUUCACAUCCCUGGAUUAGGUCUACAUUCAUUCACUCGUUCAACAACUAUCUGAAUGUCUACUGUGUGCCAGGCCUUUGCCAAGCACUGGGGAUACAAUGAUCACCAAAAGAAAACAACCUAUGCCCUUGCAGAAUUUACAAAUUCCUCAGUCAUGAUUGUCAAUUCUUGUAACAGAGCUGUUGAUAACAUAGGCAAUGAUAACUAUUAAUUGAUUAAUUGUAUAGAAGGUUUAGGUGCUACUAUUAAGAAAAAUCUUACUGCUGAAACAUCUUCUAGAGCAGAAUUUCUCUGAACGUGGCACCUGAAAUAUUACUUUUACAGGACAUUGGUAAAUGUUAAUUGGAAGAGAGGUAAAAUGAGUCAAUUUAUUUACUUUACGACUUCUUCGAGCCUUUUUAAGUUUCUACACAUUUUGAUUCUGCAGGAAGGCUGUAUUUUUUUCACACUUUCUAUGCUUCUUUGAGCAUGAAACCUGAAAAGAGUCACAUCUUACUGGGCUUAAUGGAUCCAUGGAACACACUCUGAGAAACAUUAUCCUAGAGUUACUAGUUGUUAAAGGAAAAUUCCAAGAACUCGAAUUUUCCUCUAAGUGGCUCAAUAAUGCAAUUAAUGAGUUGAACAAUGCAUUUAGUAAAACUUCCAAUGAAAGUUUUAUAUACAACAUGUCCUUUUUAUAGGCCUCUAUCUAUAGAGCUGUAUUAUGCAAAUGAAAAUUUUAUUAAGUUCACAGAUAAAACUUGUUGCAUUAACUGGCUCAUAGGGUUUAUAUAAAAAACAAAUCUAAUCAACAAAACAAUAGUACUAGAAGAUGGAGUUUUAGAAAGUCAAUAAAUAACUCAUUUUCCCUUCUUGAUUUAGAAACUUAUUUUCAGAAAUAAGAGAUUUAGGCAGAGGGAGAUCAAAAUCUCAACUUUAUUUCCGGUCAAAGCUGGAUUUGAGGGUGUAACUCUGACUGUGGCAACAUUUGACAUCUUACUAUUGAACUUUGAAAUGAGAGAAACUUACCAGUCUCACCCACAGGGCAAGCCAGUGUGAAUCCUGUGCAGGGAGCUGGAUCCCACACAGAGACAGAGGAAGGGUGAUCCUGAGCUGUAGAUGCCCAGUUCCUUUGCCUAAUCCUCCAAUCAGUGUAACUCUUUCCACCUUUGUAGAGAGGAGAAAAGGAUGGAAAUUAGAGGCUAGGAGUCUUUAGGAAAAUGCUUUCUUAUGGAAGCCUGAGAAAAUGAGAAGGGGGUGCCCAACACUGGAUACUUCAGGAAGCAAAAAUUGGGCUUUUUAAAAAAAAUCAUUUUAAGAAUCACAAAUACUUUUUAGUCAGUUUGAUUUUUAUAUGAUUUUAUAUAUUGUAAUAUAUUAAUUAGUGUUUUCCAAAUAAUAAUUACUUUUGGAACUUUUUAUAAAAAUGCAUAUUCCAGAACUAUCGUGUCAGAAUAUCUGAGAAGCAGCCUGGGACUUUUAUUUUUAUUUUUAUUUUUUUGAGACAGAGUCUCACUCUGUUGCCCAGGCUGGAGUGCAGUGGCAUGAUCUCAGCUCACUGCAACCUCUGCCUCCUGGGUUCAAGUGAUUCUUCUGCCUCGGCCUUCUGAGAAGCUGGGAUUACAGGUGCCCACUACACGCCUGGCUAAUUUUUGUAUUUUUAGUGGAGAUGGGGUUUCACCAUCUUGGCCAGGCUGGUCUUGAACUCCUGACUUCGUGAUCCACCCGCCUUGGGCUCCCAAAGUGCUGGGACUUUUAAAUUUUUAAAAAUUCCCCAGAUAAUCUUCAUCAUUGUUAAAGUGUAGAAAAUACUAAACUGUAGAAAUUGAACAAAAAUAUCUGCUUUAUUUAGGAAACUGAAGUGGAUCAGAACAUUUAGAUGAUCAAUUUUUUUCUCAAUUUUUAUUUGGAUAUUUUAGCCUUUGGAA